AUGGCGCCAAGAGAGGAUCGAUGCUUGUACAGUAUACUUGGUGUUCCUCGAACAGCCGACGAAAUUGCUAUCAAAAAAGCAUAUCGAAAACUUGCAUUACAAUGGCAUCCAGACAAAAAUCCUGGCAAUAAGGAAAAUGCCGAGAAGAAAUUUAAGCAAAUUGCUCAAGCAUAUGAAGUUUUAUCUGAUCCUAAAAAACGAAGCACUUAUGAUCGUUCGGGUGUUGAAUCAAUGACAUGCCGACCAAGACGACAAUCUCAUGGCGGUUUCCAUCAUGAUUUCCGUUCACCCUUCGAUAUUUUCUAUGAGUUCUUCGGUGAUCGAAAUCCAUUUGCAGACUUUAUGAAUGACGAUAUACCAUUUAGAGGUUUUGGUUUCUCUAAUGAAAAUACAUUCCACUUCCCUAGCUCAAAGCAUCGUCGUUCAACAACAAAUACUGGAGGCUCAAAAUUUUUCUUCUGCAGUAGCGAUGACGAAAAUGACUGGUAA